AUGAACGUCCCUCAACUUCUUUCAUUCUUCCGUAAGGGAACCUAUUUCGAUUUGUUACGAGUUCUCUUAUACUUUAUGAAUACCUCCGGCGGAACCAUCGCAUGCAGCAUUCGAAAUAUCGCCUUUAAUUGUUUCACCAAAUUAGCCUACAGGAACAAGCACCUCACACGAGUUAUAAACAGACGGCUAAGCAAAAUGGCAGACGAGGAAGAGAGAGCCCUUGCAGCCGCCGGGAAGGACGAGAACGGCGACUCAAUUUUUGGAAAAAUCGCAAGAAAGGAAGUAAAGGUGGACCUCGUGUACGAAGACGACAAGGUCCUCGCCUUUAACGACAUAAACCCGCAGGCACCCGUGCACAUCCUCGUGAUCCCCAAAAUGAGGGACGGACUCACCAGGCUCAGCAAGGCGGAGGAGAGGCACAAAGACAUCCUGGGCCACAUGAUGUGGGCGGUCUCCGAAAUUGUGAGGAAGAACAACUUGGGUGACUUCCGCCUGGUCGUGAACAACGGGCCCGAGGCUUGCCAGUCCGUGUACUACCUGCAUCUGCAUAUCCUGGCCAAGAGGCAAAUGAGGUGGCCCCCCGGAUGA